AUGAGGAACCUUUUGAUGCUGUUGUCGCUGACACUAGCGCUGGUAACGGUUCACUCGAGCACAGACACUGAAGAUCAAGUACCAGAGGACAUCGUUGAAGAGAUUAAAGCCAGCGACGACGAUAAGUCUGCCGACGAUGGCGACGACGUGCGGCGGUACAACUAUUACAACGUAGUGCACGGACACCAUCAUCCGGAGUCGAGUGAUCACCAGUACCGGCCGGCGAACUACGCGCCCCAGAAAAUAGGCUACGGUGGUGGUGGCUACGGUGCUGGUGGCUACGGCGGCGGUGGUGGUGGCUACAGUGGAGGUUACGGCAGUGGAUACGAUGACUAUCCAACGCCCCCGCCGACCAAGCCUGAUACCGACUACGACUUCCCCAAGCCGAAGCCUCCACCGAAGUGCAACUGUCAGGACAUAAUCGAUCAGAUCGACGAUCUGGACGAGAAAAUUAUCAAGUCCCUGUUGGAUCUCGAAAUCAAGGCCGACAGCAUCCAGACCGAUGUCGCUGCCAUUCACAUGGAAACUGAGAAUGUCGCCUUCGUGUCGUCCCAGACGCAGCUCGUUGCCAACGCAGUUGAGAACCAACUCAGCAUCGUCCGCCAGAAUCUGACCAUUAUCGAGUCCGAUGUCAAUGAAUUAACACAAUUCCAGCAAAACAUCCCGGACAAGACCUAUUUGACCGAAGCACUGUUUGGGUUGAAAUGUAGCUACGAGCGCAAGAUCAAGAAGGGCGACGACAAAAUCUACGCUUCCUGCGAUGAUCCCAACAUUAAGAAAACCGGCAGCUACUGGAUCAAGGCCAACUUUUUCAAGCCCGUCAAAGUGAUCUGCGUGCUGGACUUUGGCGGCCGAUGGAUGGUGAUUCAGAACCGUUUCGACGGUAGCGUCGACUUCUACCGUCCGUGGAGGGAGUACAAGUUUGGUUUCGGCAACAAUGACGGCGGCGAAUACUGGCUGGGUCUGGAGCGCAUCCAUCAACUGACAAGCAGAAGCAGCUACGAACUGAUGAUUAUUCUGGAAGACUUCGAUAGGAACCUUACCUACGCGAAGUGGGAGCAGUUCGCUGUUGCAGAUGAGAAUAACCAGUAUAAGAUUCUAAAGUUGAAAGGAUUCCAGGGCACCGCAGGAGACUCGUUUGAAGCCGAGGGCAUGCGCUUCUCGACCUACGACUACGAUAACGACAAGUUCGAUCAGAACUGUGCCGCCAUUACACACGGUGCCUGGUGGUACAAAUCUUGUGGUGAAAGCAAUCUGAAUGGUCUCUACCUGAGCGGAUACACUCUCGAAAAGACGGGCAUCUACUGGAACACAUUCCGUGGUUACAGCUAUAGCUUGAAGAAAACGCGAAUGAUGAUCCGCCGCAGAGAGGGCAGUGGAUACUGA